AAGUAGCCGGUCAGCCUGCUCGACGAUCUCCACGAUCCCGCCACCCGCCAUGGUCUUCGGCUUCUGGUCAAAAAAACAAUCCCCCCCUCCGGCAGCUAGUGCCGACCCCGGCGACUCCGGCAGCCCCGCACGACAGCUCCGCACGCCGUCCCCGUCUGAGAGCGCGUCCGGCCAAGUGCCCCCAGCGCCCUCCUCCCCAGACCGCCCUCCGCCCUCCGAGCCCUCCCGUCCCGAGCCCCCCGCAGACUCCCUCGACCCGACUGCCCUUCACGCGCUUCUCACUACCGUGCCCCCAAAAACUCUCCAUGCGUACACCCUCGCCCAACUUUCCACUGCCCCCGAACCGACCCUCGCCGCCCUCGGCGCAUUCUUCGCUACCCUAACCCCGCCUCCCAUGCGCCAUUGCGUCCGCUGCCAUAAAGAUUUCACCGACGUCGAGAACACCGACCGUUCCUGCCUCGUCCCCCAUGACGACGAGAGUGCCGAAGUAGAGCGCGUCGGCCGCUCUCGCAAGGUCGGUGCCGCCGAAGGCCCCGUAUACGAGACCCUCUGGGGAUGCUGCGGGAAGACCGUCGAGGGCGAUGGCGAUCAGGGCCCGCCGGACGGGUGGUGCUACGAGGGGAAGCACACUACCGACGCUAAGCGCGCGCGCUUCCGUGCCGACUCGACGCCGACCAACGACAAACUCCCGUCAUGCUACCGCAUGAACUGCCAUGGGAUCCGCACCGCGAACCCCCGACCCACCCGUGCAAAGCGC